UGGAGCUUCACAUAUCACAAGUCUCCUUUGUUUUGCGACAUAGCCAUUUGAAUUGCUGAGCUUUUUUGAGACAAUGGUGGAGGUUUCUGAUCGAGGGGUGAAGGGAGAAGAGAUUGAGCUGGAUUUAGGCUUGAAAAUCGGAGGCGGGAGUUUCAGAAGAUCGGAGAAGCUUAAACUCAACGGAGGAGAAAAGGGACCCCAGAUGGUGACGGUUUUGAGAUGCAACAGCAGCACAGUGUCGCCGGCGACGUUAUCGGAGCCGGAAAGCGUGGUUGUGCAUCCGUUUCUGAAGAGAGAGAUUCAGGCUCUGCGGAGGCAAGAGGCGAAGAGGAAGAGAGAGGAGAAGAAAACGCGAGCGCAGAUCGGAGAACCGCCGGCGAAAAAGAAUGGUGUGCGCGAUAACGGCGUUAACGUUAUGAAUGUGAAUUUGGAUAUGAGUAACGGCGGCCAAGGGGGGCACCACGAUUACCCAAUUCGACCGGUGCAGUAUCCUUACGCGCCUGUUCAGUUCGUUCCUUACUCCGACGGGUUUGCUUUUCCUUGUGUGGUGCCGUGUUGGGGGCCCAACGGCGGCGGCGGUUUCAGGCCUUUUCAGGCGGAUACGGGGAAUAACCGGUGCAACGUGGAGCAGAAUGGCAAAACGGCAUCGUUGAAUAACGGAUCUCCGAUUUGUAGCAACUCUACCGUUUCAGAACAUUGCAGCGCAGCUUCUCAUGAAGGUGGGAGCAGUGAUACAAGAAGCCAUUCAAACCGUUUGAAUGGUACAAUCGGGGAAAAGAACAAAGCCCAGUCUGAUCACACAGCUACGUCUCAAUCAUUCGAGUUUAAUUCCCGAAGUAAUGAAAAUUCGGUUGUUCAACCCAAAGAAGAACCCGCACCGGAAAUUGCAGAACCGGGUCCGAUAGCGAAACCCAUCUCAUCCAAUGAGGAAUGUCCUCCUACUCCAGUGAAACAAGACAAGAUGGAUCCUUCAAAACCCCAAAGGGACAAUACCAAAAGCUCCGAGAAGACUCCCUCGAUGCCACAAAUGCCGUACGUGUCGACCACUGGAAAUGGACCUAAUGGGAAAACAGUUAAUGGGUUCUUGUACAGUUUCUCCGAGUCGGAGAUCAGCAUCGUGUGCGUCUGUCAUGGAAGCACAUUCUCGCCGGCGGAGUUUGUGCAGCAUGCCGGCGGUAUCGAGGUUUCACAGCCUCUGAGACACAUUACAGUAAUCCCAUCUUCAUUUGGAGGAUGACAGGUGUGAGUUUUUUGUUUUCAUUUGUGUGCUUGGCCCAUUGGUGUUUCCUUGGUUAUUUUAUUCCCGGCAAAAUCUAAUGGGGACAGAAAGAAGAAAAUUUUUCUCUCCUUUUGGUUUCGGCAUUUGUCUUUCUAAAUACUCGGAUAAAUUUCUCCUGAUGUAUGGUCUUGGAUAAUUUAGU